UUUUUUUUUGUAAAGUAGUUCAUAUCUUUGUUUGUCGUGACUGUAUAAAAUCUUGCAUGAACAAACAGAAAAGAAAAGAACCUGCUGUCAAAUCAAGCUAUUUUUCGAUAGAUAGUUAUUUCAAGGCACCUAAUGAUAGCAACAAACGAGUCAAGACAGACAGUACAAAAGAAGAACAAUGUCCUAUAUGCAACGCAUUUAUUCUGGUGGAAUCCAUAUCCAUGGAAGUACAUGUGAAUAGUUGCCUUGAUUUACAAGAAAAAGAAUCACUAAAUAAUCAGGAGAAAAAAUCAUUAUUACUACGCAAGGAUUUGACAGUUAUCAAAGAUUCAACCAUAGCAAAAGAUAGCCAUCAAAUACAAGAGACACCAAAAGAGAAGAAAAAGACAUGUCCAUUUUAUAAAUUUAUGCGAGGCACUCGCUUUGUAGUAGACGCUUUUAAAUAUGGCAAGAUUCCAGACUGUGAUGGUUAUUUCUUAACCCAUUAUCACUCAGAUCACUUUGGUGGUCUUGGACCCAAUUGGUCUCAUGGUCCUAUCUAUUGUUCUCAAGUCACUGCUAAUCUUGUCAAACAAGAACUUAGAGUCAAACCUUGUUAUGUCCAUCCUCUCUCCAUGGACACACUGCUCCCUAUCCCAAAUUCAACCAUUCAGGUAGCCUUGAUUGAUGCAAACCAUUGUCCUGGUUCUGUCUUGUUCUUGUUUGUGAUUGAUGGCAAGACAAGACAUUUGCAUACAGGUGAUUUUAGAGCAACACCACGCAUGUGUCUACACCCAUUGAUUCGUCAGCCUCAAAACCCACCUCUUCAUUCAGUCUAUUUAGACACAACCUAUAUGAACCCACAGUAUGCAUUUCCUGCGCAAGAAGAAUGUAUUCAAGCCGUAUGUGAUGUUGUUUCUAAUCACAACAAGAACAAGACGCCUUCUUUACUAGAGAAAUGGAUCAAGAGUCCUGUCAAGAAAAAGAAACCAUUGAUUGUUGUAGGGACCUACACGAUAGGAAAAGAGCGAGUGUUUAUAAAUGUAGCUAAAAUGCUUCAAUGCAAGAUAUAUGCACCUUCAAAAAAGAAGCGCAUCUUACUCUGUCAACAAGAUGAUCAACUCAAAGCCAUGCUUACUAAUAACCCUCAUGAGGCUCAGGUACACAUUGUACCACUGGGUGAUAUUCGUCCUCCUGCUAUGUUCGAAUACCUUAGACACUAUCAAGAUACAUUUGAUCAUCUUAUUGGAUUUAAACCUACAGGCUGGACAUAUCGAUCAACCAAGACAGAGGCCUCGGAUAUGACAUUAGCCCCUUUAUUCCACAUCAUCACACCACCAUCUGAUAGAUCAAUGCGUCUCUCGCCUUAUUUUGAAGACACCAACAUCCAAUUGUUUAAUGUGCCUUAUUCAGAACAUUCUAGUUUUCGUGAAUUAGCUUCUUUUAUUGCCAGUCUAGAGAUACAAGACAUUAUACCCACUGUGAAUUUACAUCAUAUCGAUCGCAUGAAGAUGUAUUUUGAGAAAUGGCAAGAAGAGAAACGUUGUAAACGCAUUGAAGUAGUGGCUCAUUCUAACCAAGACCAUUGGUAAAUGUCUGUGCUCUUAAUAAAGAUUUGAUUCUAAACUGAACUGCCGAAAUCAAGGGAGAGAUUAUCAUGCACCUUGAAGAGAUGAUGAUGUCGUUUCUUUAUUAUAUUUUCC